ACUCCCCGCUUACCAGGGCUAGAGGACCGAAGGACGAUCUUUACUCGGACCACUCCGUAAAAGGCUGUUAGUAGUCCCGUCACUAAGGCCUGGAUAUCGAGACGCGAGGUGGUGCUUUGGUGGUUCUUUGGCUAGCGUAGCGUAGGAACGAGGAGGGGAGUAGGUACGGAUAUAGGGAACAUGAUCAAACGAAGGACCCGACAUGCGGAUAGCUUAACGGCUUGCCCCUCGUCCUCCUGGUUCCUGAGGGGCGAAUAUAAGUGAUCCAAGUGACGAGGGAGUAGAUGGCGAUGGUUCCCACACCCCAUUUCAUCGUAAUAUCCAACGACCAGACAAUUCCACCUGAAGCCAUCGCCAUAGACUAACAAUCACAUCCUUCGGCGUCCUCCCAAGAAUCCAGUUAUACCGUUUUCACAUUGCAUGUUACCUAUCCGACAGUCGAACACGAUGGCGCAAGUUCCCGAUAUCAAGGAUAAGAUGAUCCUCUUUGGCAACGUCAAUCUCGUGCCAGACCACUACGAUGAUUGGCAAGCCGCCUACGACAAGCUAGCAGAGCACGUCUUCGCCAACGAACCCAACACCUACACAUACUACUUCGGCCUCCCGCUCGAGCACGCCGACAACCCCUCCCGCUCCGACUUCAUGCUCGCCUUCGAGGUCUACGGCUGCCGCGACGACCUGUACGAGGUGCACCUCAAGUCCGAGGCCAUGACCCAGGGCUUCCUGCCCACGGCGCUGCCCGUCAUGACCACGGGGCUGGACCUCGUGCACUUCGGCGUCGCCGGCGGCUUCCUCGACUUCUCCGGCCGCAAGGACGAGUGCGGCAUCAUGCACGACGUGCAGAUCCGCUGCGCCGACGCCAAUGCGCGCCGCGAGCUGCUGGGCGCCCUGCGCAUGCUGUGCCAGGCCGUCGAGCUGGCGCAGAAGCGCGACGGCAAGGGCGAGGUGCUGACCUUCCUCGGGCUGGAGAACCUGGACAACGAGGUCGGCGCGCGCAUCUUCGCCCGGUAUAAGGACCGCGAGACCCUCGAGGCGUGGCAGCGGAGUGAUGUCUUCAAGGGGUUCUGGGAGGUCGUCAAGGCUGGUGUGCAGGACAUGUCGGCCCGGGCGUACCGUCCUAACGGCAAGGGGUGGCUGUGGAAGUGA